AUGAAGAUUGGAGAACAAAAUAUGAAAUAUGAUGAUGGGAAACUUUAUGUCAUGUACGAUAAUAUAUAUGACGCAUAUUUAAAGGAAGAUCGAAAGAAUUAUUUUACAAGAAUAUUGAGAUUUCCAAACCCGUCUAUAUUAAUAAUAAAAGCAUUGUGCAAACUUUACAAUAUAACAGACAAAGUAGAGUACGUUUCUUGUGAUUCGAAUUUUGAAGUAAUAAAAACCCAUAGCUAUUUUAAUGGGGAGAAAAAAAGUGUUUAUGAAACUUUGCAUAUUAUAAAUUCAUUAAAUAAGGAAACGAAACCAAGCACAUUACAAAAUAAUAGCAAAGAUAAAAAUGCAUCCCAAAAUUUGGAUGCCACCAAAAAUGAUAUGAACUUGAGAAUAUAUUACAUUUUAAACGAAUUUAAUGAAGUCUAUGAAUAUUUUUUAUUUUUUUGUAAAGAAAUUUAUGAUAAUUAUACUUAUAAAUUUUUUGUAAAUAGUAAUUACAAUAUAAUAAAAGGAUAUUUAAAAUUACAGUAUAUAAAAAGUUACGUGUCUAAAAAAUUUAAUAAUGUUUCCUUUGAAACAAUUUUAAAUAAAUUUAUUAAAUUGUUAAAAUUGUUUAAUAAGUUAGAAGAAAAUUGUAUGCAAAUAGACUGUGUUGUUUUUUAUGUAUACUUUUAUGCAUUUUUAAAUAUCCCUAUUCAUCUAUAUCCUUGGAAUUGUGAUAAUAAUAUAAAUGAUACGUUAUACAGAAAAAUAUUAAAUAAUGGAAAUAUGAAUACCAUAAUUGAUCAAGUUAAAACUAAUAAGCAAAUGUUUUUUUCUCAUAUUUUAAUCGGAACAAAUGAUGUAGAACAAAAUUAUUAUGAAACCUAUGAUUUUAAUACAGCUAUAUUUCUCAGCAAUCAAAAGAAAAUUGAUAUACCAAAUGAAGCUGUGAAAGACGAAGGGAAGAAAAAGAAAAAUGAAGAAGAAAAAGAAGAGAAAAAAAAAAAAAAAAAAUCAGCUCAAUCAAAUACGGAUAAUAAAAAGCCCAUUGAUAAUGCAAACAAAGAUAUUUCUUUUUAUGAGAAUACUGAGGACUAUAUUAUUCUGAACGAAUAUAACAUAUUAAAAUAUAUAGGUUAUAACACAAUGAAACAAUUUUAUUUGCCACAUUUUUAUUAUUUAACAAUUUUAAAAAAAAGUUUUUUAAUUAAUGUUAAAAUGAAAACUAUUUACAAUUUUUUUAGUAAUAUAGCUAUUCGAAUAAUUGAUAUAGACAAAAAUUUCGAAAAAAUAUUAAAUUAA